AACUUUACUAGAGUACUUUACCCUUUACCGUAGAUCAAUAAUUAAUAUUACUAACUAAAAAUAUUUGUUCUUUAGCUCCACGGAUUGUAAGUAUGAAACGCGUUAGUUGAAUAUUGUGCCUUUUCUGUAGUUCUUUCUCAGAAAAGAACCUUAAGAGCAUUUUCUUUAUGCCAAUAAACCAGUAUGUUAGAAAAUACGUAAUCAUGAAUUUAGGAGGAGCAAUUCAUCUGAAUAAAAAGUUCUGUUUAGUGAUUUUUAUAAUACUUGUUUUAUAUUUGUACUUGUCUUCCUUUGGAAGUAGAGAUGAAAAUGAUUUUACAAAACAGACACAAAAUAAAGUAAAUUUGAAAAAUUUACUGCAUAUGGCUGUGAUUGCUGCAGAAAAUGGGGGUAAUGAAGUCAAAAAUAACAUAAACAGCAAUAAAAUUGAAAGUAAAGGAAAAACUAAGGAAGGAGCUGAUGAUAAAGUAACAACUGCAGAUUAUAAGUCACACUGCAUAAUGCAGGGAACAAUUAAGAAACUUUACCAUGAUAUAAAGUUGAUUUCGGAAGAAUUUAAAACUAACUGUGAGGGUAUCGACUUGCCUUCUGAAUUUCCUAGUAUUCCACGUGAAAUUGAUGCACUUAAUGAUUCCUGGGUUAAAGAUUCUGAUAUUACUGUAUGGAUUGAUCCACUGGAUGCUACUCAAGAGUACACAGAGAAAAUGUAUGAAUUUGUAACUACAAUGGUAUGUGUGGCAGUUAAUGGAAAACCUGUUAUUGGCAUUGUCCAUAAACCAUUUUUAAAAGAAACAUAUUGGGGAUGGGUGGGAACAUCGAAAUCCCCUAAUUUGCAAGUAAAAGAAAGGUCAGAUGAUGAACUUAUCUUCAUUGUAUCAAGAUCUCAUACAGGAAAGGUUAAAGAAAUGAUAAACACAAAGUUAAGUGAAAUAAAAAACAAAAUUGUUGAAGCAGGUGGAGCAGGUUAUAAAGUUCUUGAAGUGAUAAAAGGAAAUGCAGAUGUUUAUUUUCAUACUACAGCAAUAAAAAAAUGGGACAUUUGUGCUGGAAAUGCAUUGUUAUUCUCAGUUGGUGGGAACAUGACUACGUUAAAGGACGAAUUGAUUGAUUAUGGUGAUACAGAGAAUGCUGUAAACACAAACGGAUUAGUCGCGACAUUGAAGAAAUAUUUGAACCUUAAAAAAUUGCUUAUUUGAGAGUUUAGAGUUGUUAGUUAUUAAUUAGUUGUCCAUUUUUUAAGUGCUUUAAAGGAUUGUUUGACUUCAUCAUAGAUUAUGUACUUAUUAAAAAUACUUUUUCAUAUGC